AUGGCUCCGGGCUGCUGGUUCUUCCGGGCCCUGUGGCUAUCAGUGAUGCUCACGGUGGCUGCGGCUGAGGAACAAGUGGAAGCCUGCUCGGGGUCGGCCAAGAAGUGCGGCAACACCACCAUCUCUCGCCCGUUCUGGCUCCCUGACUGGGAAACGGGGAAAUCGUGUGGUUCCCCGGAUUUCGAGGUCACUUGCCGCAACAGCACUGCUCCGGUUAUACUCAACUCUGCACCUAUCAGCUUUGGCUUUGCAAUCGUCAACAUCUCUUACAAGGAGCGUAGCUUGCAUGUCAUCGAUCUGGGCAAGCGCUACUUGUUACAACACGCCCCCAACAGCUGCCAAGUGCCGAUCUGGAACACCUCCGCCAAACUGAGCGCCCCGUUCAGAAUCAGCCCCGGCAACCUGGGCCUCAUCUUUUACAGUUGCCCCGAGGCGGCCGGAGCAGCGGCUCUGGCACAGGACGGGGAGCUGGUGCAGACGGGGAUGGGGUGCGGGAACAAGAGCAAGGUGUUCGUCCGCGCCGGAGGACAUUACAAUGAUACGAGCGGCUACCGCAGCUACGAUGGCUGCGACGCUGCCGUCACGCCGGUGGUUGGCGCAGACGGCGGGGCGAACGCGAGCCAGUACGAGCAGCUCAUCAACGAUGGGUUCAUCUUGACAUGGGAGCUCCCCCGUCCACGAUCGGGACACGAGGGACGUUCUACUUAG